GAUGUUGUGGUCCUUUGGGUUUGUGCUGGAGCCCUUGUGCGAUGGCGUCAAUUUGUUGAGAAACUCAACUACGGACGGGAGCCUUAUCGAGAGAUAACAAUUGGAAAAAGUCAUCCCCACACAAACACUGCUUUUUACUGUGUAUCUGCAGAUUGCAGCCUGGCGCAUUUCGAUCCUCUUCACCUGGGUUCAGGUUGGUAUUCGCAGAUGCCUGUGGACGUCAUUGAUCUCGCGUCCACGGGACGCAUUCCCCUGCAAUACAGUCUUACGGCCAAACCUGGACGACACAGCGGCCCCCGCCCUCUGCCAGCUCGGCUCGGGACGGUCGGGCGGACGGAUUGGUGGCUCUAGUUCGGUCGCUCGUGGGCCUCGAUGAAGUGCCAGUAGUCCGAAUUUCUCCGUAUCGGCAUCCGCGUCCCUGCGAGGUACCUGGUACAUGGUCUCUACCACCAACCCAAGUACCUACCUACUAUACAAAACCGGCCUCGCAUUGACCAGGGACGACGGCUUUGACGCUUGUGCCCGCUUGCUUCUCGGAAUCUUACAGCUGAUACGCCACCACGCUUGUGGUCGUGUUAAUGGCUGUUUACCUAGGCACUGCAUGUGGCUUGGCCGAGGCAAUUUGCUUGAUAUUCAUCCACCUGCCCACCUGCCGAUACCCUUUUCUCGCGAGGCGCCGGGCUUGGCCUCGGUCCUGACAUGAUGGAUGCCGACGUGCAGGCCGACGACCACCUGUGGACGACUCGGCGAACUUUCUUGACGACAAGCCCGUCGCAAAUCAUGGGGACCCAUGCGUUUUGCGCCAUUCGACAGGGGACGAAUGACGCAGGCCGCGUCGUAGCCAGAUGGGUCUGGAUCCACGGGCGCGGCUGUGAACAGACGCGGGACAAGGGAGAUUCCGGGCAGCCAGCGCAGGAGAAGAGAGCCUUUUCACCCUAUCUUUCGACAGGUGCCGCACGCAGGGCCCGACCAAGGUUUACCACAUGGGGCACCGCAGGGACCAACCGUUGGCCCUGGGUCAUCGGGUCGAACCGGUUGGGGGUUGGGGGCUCUUUAUUCAACGGCGCCCCGGGAGCCUUGGGGAGCCACAAAACCUGGCUUGGGCAUGGCCGAUCGAUAUGCCGUCCGCUCAUUGACUCCGAUGCUGGCCGUAUCCCAACAGAACCAGGCGGUCGUCGGAGAGCAGACAAAUGGGCUGGCAGAAAUACCCCCGACAUCAAAAGCUGGCCUGCGCCCACCUCGGAGUAUCUCCGACCCAGUAGAAUACCUGCCCAUUGAUAGACCCAUGGCCACACCUACCCUCAGCUUGUCGCCCACCUUGCCCAUCCCCCAGAGUAUCUGCCUAGGACUUUAUAUCCCUGUGGUUAUCUGCUGGUCCCAAGUAUAAUUUUAUAAUUUACCUGGUUAUUUCGCCUGGUAGUCGGGACAAGCAGCAGGCGCAUCAGGUCCGUACCAAUUGGCUGGCUACCAACCUACCUACCUCCUCCUUACCCUGGUGGCUCCCACCAAACAAAUCAAGAGGUAGGUCGGCCCCGAUGUGACAUCGCCCCAGACAAUGGCACCACCAGCCGCCCAAAAGUGCCAGGUACCUGCCUCAGCUCCAUUGAUGUGCCGCACCUUGGUACCUCCAAUCCAGCAGCUCCAAGGAAGGGAGCUUCCAGUUGCGGGGUAAUGGGCGGCAACACCUGGUUCGUCCGACCACAAUGGAAGGAGGCUUGUGACGCCAGCGCAAACCCGCGUGCCAUGCAUGGAUGAUGGAUGGCCUGGAAGGCGCAAACACCCCCCUUCCGCGCCUGGAAAGCACAAUCGCUUUGGGCGAAUGGGCACGCGCGCGCGGGGAUGUGCCUGCGGAACCGGCCAUCCAUUCACCCGUCCAUCCGUCACACGCCGGCUGGCCUCCAUGGUACCCGACGUUUGUUUAACAGGACUUGGCUAACCGCGUUUGUUCCCAUCUCGUCCGUCCCAAGCAGCGCUCUCCCGUCUCCCGUCUCUCGUCUCCUCAACCCCUCUCCCGUCCCAGGCCCUCGCCACGCCGCAACCGCACUUCUGCCGGACGGAAUGUCGAACACACUCAAACAGGCCACCGAAGCAGCAAGAACAUCGCCAGUCAUGGGUACGACUGACGCCGCCCGCAAUGAUUUCCUGCACACCCCGUUCAUGCGCGCCGCCCUGCCCUUCAUCAAUGGAGGCCUGAGCGGAAUGGUGGCCACGACGGUGAUCCAGCCCGUCGACAUGGUCAAGGUCCGGCUGCAGCUCGCAGGCGAGGGCAUGGCCGGCGGCGCCAAGCCCACCCCCCUCUCGGUCACGCGCGAGAUCCUCGCCAGCGGAAAGGCCCUCGACCUCUACACGGGACUGUCGGCCGGCCUCCUUCGGCAAGCCGUCUACACGACCGCCCGCCUCGGCUUCUUCGACACCUUCAUGGGCAAGCUCACGGCCCGCGCCAAGGCCAACGGCCAAUCCAUCGGGUUCAAGGAGCGCGCAGCCGCUGGGCUGACGGCUGGCGGCAUCGCUGCCAUGAUUGGCAACCCGGCCGACCUGGCCCUCAUCCGCAUGCAGAGCGAUGGCCUGAAGCCCGUGGACCAACGCAAGAACUACAGGUCCGUCGUGGACGCCCUGUCUCGCAUUGCGCGCGGCGAGGGCGUCGCCGCGCUCUGGUCGGGCGCCGCGCCCACGGUUGUCCGGGCCAUGGCGCUCAACUUUGGCCAGCUCGCCUUCUUCAGCGAGGCCAAGGCACAGCUCAAGGAACGCACCGAGAUGAGCGCCCGGGCACAGACGCUGAGCGCCAGUGCCGUCGCCGGCUUCUUUGCCUCCUUCUUCUCUCUGCCGUUUGACUUUGCCAAGACUCGCCUGCAGAAGCAGCAGCGCGGUCCAGACGGCAAGCUGCCUUACAGCAGCAUGGUCGACUGCUUCACAAAGGUGGCCAAGCAGGAGGGCCCUCUGCGCUUCUACCGUGGCUUCUGGACAUACUACGUCCGCAUCGCGCCACAUGCGAUGGUGACCUUGAUCGUCGCCGACUACCUCGGUUGGAUAACCAAGUAGGAGACAAGCCUGGUCCAUCUUUGGUUAGAGUGAGACGACGAUUGAGAUCCAAGGACACGCGCAUAAUUCUGCUUUUUUGUCUUUCAUCUUUCAGUUUUCCCUGUCGUCUUUUUUUUCCCUUGUCAGGUUUCCUCUCGUACGGUUUCCCCCGGUCCACCCUCGCACUGUUGUAUUCUGGUCAUGGAGACUUGGCUUCGGUGUCAUGAUUCUGUUAUUUGGAGGCGUUCUUCACUAUGCACAUUUCUCGCCGACGCCAUGGCGACGCGCGACUGGUUUCCCCUUUAGCUGUGUUACCGGCUUGCUUGUUUUGAAAUCAUGACUUGCGGAUUGUUAUGUUGUCGAUGAAAAUUUUGAGCUGGCUCGGGAUGGGCCAGGCUGAGGGCAGACUGAGUGAGGACUGGCGAGAGGGCUGAUGGGAGGAGACCUGGAGCCUUUGUCGAUAUGUAUAGUAUCCAGGUCUGAAGUCAAGGUCGAAUGAAACGGAAUUACCUCUAGAUGCUCGGG